AUGUUUGGUGGCGGAUCUAAUUCCGCUGCUGCGAAAUCCGAUCAUGCUGUCAUGGAAUCAGGAAAAUCAGAUAAGAAAUCUCCAUCGCCAGACCCGACCCGAGACUCUCCUUCGGGUAGUACACCUACAAAAUCGCCCGAUCGGGCUGCCAGUGGAGAGAAGCGUAGCGGAAAUGGCAGUCCCCCCGGAAGACAGAAUCCUGACACAGGUAGUGCCGAGAAGAAGCGCAGAAGUUCCGGUGUUGGAAGUAAAGCUAGCAGUCUUAUAGCCAGUGCCAAGAAUUCUUUGAAUUUUGGUCAAGUUGGUAGAGCGAAUAACGACGUCAACACCCAAACUCCUCUACAAAAAUUGGGCAAACAAGACCAGUCGCUAGCCGUGCCUCAAGGGCAGCACAACAAUUCGGCCGGUGAUUCCAUCCCCGGGCCGCGAUCGACCUUCCGUGUUGGUGUCUGGGAAGACAGGAACAAAAAAUGCCGCCGCACUAUGGAAGACACGCAUGCAUUCCUCUACAAUUUCCUGCACACACCGGCACCUCUUCUUGCCACGGACUCGGGCAAUAAGAGCCUCAAGUCUCAGAAGUCUACGUCAGAGGACUGCGAUACUCCAUCCGGAUCGACCCCAUACGAUGUGAUCGAGACUGACAAUGGCUACUUUGCAAUAUUUGACGGCCAUGCCGGUACCUUUGCUGCGGACUGGUGUGGCAAGAAGCUGCAUCUUAUUCUGGAAGACACCAUACGAAGAAACCCUAACGUUCCCAUCCCUGAACUUCUCGAUCAAACUUUCACCAGCGUUGAUGCUCAGCUGGAAAAGCUGCCUCUUAAGAACAGUGGUUGUACCGCAGCGGUUGCCGUCUUGCGUUGGGAAGAUAGGGUUCCGAGUUCAAACUCGGCGACAGGUUCUCAGGCCAUCGCCCCUGCUGCCGCUGCCGCGUCAAAAGCGACAGACGCACAUAAAUCUAAAGACGGCAAGUCUGAGCACGAAGGAUCCAACAACGCGAUUCCCGAAGCUGCCCAUGCAAGACUAAAAGGUGCUGCAGUGCGCCAGCGUGUCCUUUAUACUGCAAAUGUGGGUGAUGCUCGCAUCAUCCUAUGUCGAGCCGGAAAGGCACUACGUCUCUCCUACGAUCACAAGGGCAGUGAUGAGAACGAAGGGAAGCGUAUUGCUAAUGCUGGAGGCUUAAUCCUGAACAACCGCGUCAAUGGUGUGCUAGCUGUCACGCGAGCUCUUGGGGAUACAUAUAUGAAAGAUCUUGUGACGGGACGUCCGUAUACCACAGAGACGAUUAUCCAACCGGAUGCGGACGAAUUUAUCAUUAUUGCUUGCGACGGACUUUGGGAUGUUUGCAAUGACCAAGAUGCAGUCGAUCUCGUUCGUGAUGAGCAAGACCCCGUAGUUGCUUCCAAGAAGCUUGUCGACCAUGCUUUGGCUCGAUUUAGCACAGAUAACCUUUCUUGCAUGAUUGUGCGGUUUGACAAGGUUGCCCUCCUAGAGCACCAAAACAACAAGGACAACCCUAUCGGCGUGGAGGGAGAUGCCGUUGCUGCAGGUGGUAAAGUUAGCGAAGCUGACAAAAUUGUGAACUCUACCAAGCAGAAGAUCGCUGAGGGUGACACCCCGGCUGUCGGCAUAUCAGCCAGCAACAGCGGUCGCGGCCAUGACCCUAUACCUAUCGAUGAUGGCGAUACCACCACCUUCAAGCCAACCAUCAUUGAAGGGCCAGUCGAGGAAGAGCCAUCAUCAUUGGAAGAAAGCGAUGCGCCAGAGGUCAUUACAGACGCCUUACCCAACCCAGGAGGCCCUGUCACCACAGAAGAAACCUCCCCGAAAACCACCAAGUCACCGGAAUCUUGA